ACCCAACGAGACCGCACUCUCCGUUCCCCGCGAGUGUGCCCACUAUCUACAACUUUGGAGACAAAGUGGAGGUGCUGCAGUCCCUGCAGAAACCCAAGAAGCUAACUCUGCUGGGCAGUGACGGCCAGAGCUACCUAUUCCUGUGCAAACCCAACGAUGACCUGCGCACCGACAGCCGUGUGAUGGAGUUCUAUUCGAUGAUCAACAAGCUGCUUCGGAGAGACGCUGUGGCAAG